AUGGCCUACUUGGAGUUCCUAGACGUGAACACCACAACAACAUUGGAUGAAAACAAUACCUUUGUGAAUACAACCAAUUCCACUUUCGAAGAGAUGGAUGAUGGUCCUCCAAGGGCUAUAUUUGAGAUUGUUAAAAUCUUGUAUAGUAUUGUUUGCUUGGUUGGCUUGUGUGGAAACACCCUUGUCAUUUAUGUGGUGCUUCGCUUUUCCAAAAUGCAGACUGUCACAAAUAUGUACAUUUUGAACCUUGCCGUUGCUGAUGAAAUGUUUUUGAUUGGACUCCCAUUUCUUAUUGCCACAAUGACUGUCAGACAUUGGCCUUUCGGGCGUGUGAUGUGCAAAAUGUACAUGACCACAACUUCGAUAAACCAAUUCACCAGCAGCCUGCUAUUGACCGUCAUGAGUGCCGACCGCUACGUGGCAGUCUGCCACCCCAUCUCCUCCCCCCGCUACAGGACCAGUUUUAUUGCCAAGUUCAUCUGCCUCACAGCAUGGACCGUAUCGGCUCUACUCAUGGUACCUAUCUACAUAUACGCUAAUGUCCUGGAUAAGGGAAGCUCGGUAACAAUUAACCGAAGAAGCAGUCAACAUAACAAUUAA